AUGGUCGAGCACGUAGAGCAACGCGACCAUGCCUGGAGGCGCGGGGCCAUCCUGAAGGGGAACGGGCUGUGCCACGGCGUCGCCGGCAACGGGUACGCCUUCCUUUCCCUCUUCGCCGCCACCGGGCAGGAGCUGCACCGCUGGCGCGCGGAGGCGUUCGUGGCGCUCCUGCGCCACGCCCCGCUCCAGGAGGCCAUGUGCCGCCAGCCCGACCCGCAGCGCAGGGUGCCCGGAUGCCCAGACUCCCCGGCCAGCCUCAUGGAGGGCGCGGCCGGGGUCGCGUGUUUCCUGUUGGACGCCAUCGCGCCAGAGGGGGCGGCCUUCCCUGGCUGGGAGUGA